GCCGCCAGAGCCCCGAUGACGCCGGAGAGAGAGGCCGACGGCGAGCCGGUGUCGCAGCUGAUCGGCGACUUCGGCCGCUGGCAGCUGCUCAUGACGCUGGCGCUGGCGCUGUUCAACGUGCCGUGCACGUGGCACAUCUUCGUGCCCACCUUCCAGUCGGCACACGAAGACUUCUGGUGCGCGCCGCCGCCCCAGCUCGCCGACCUGCCCGUCGAGCAGUGGCGUAACCUCUCGCACCUGCCCAUCCCGGAAAAGGGAACAUUUGACUCAUGCCACAUAUGGGAUGUGAACUACAAUCUUUCAGCACAGGAGAUCCUUGAUGAGCUAAGACGACCAGGUCUCACAACGAGGCCGUGCACAGAAUGGAAUUUUGAUACAUCAGAAUUUGGAGAGACUGUUAUUAGCCAGUGGUCGCUGGUGUGUGACCGUGCUCAAUUGACGAAUGUGGCGGAGAUGACUUUCCUAACAGGUGUUGCUGUUGGUGGUCUGGUCUCUGGACUGGUAUCAGACAAAUUUGGUCGAAAACGAACAUUGAUGGUCUCACUUGCACUACAGAUAAGUGUGGCAACAGUGAUGGCAUUCUCUCCUUGGUUUGAACUCUAUGUGGUUCUACGUCUAAUACUGGGUUUCAUUUCUGUGGGAAUUGUCUUCAGUGGAUUUGUACUAUGCAUGGAACUCGUUGGGGGCAAAUGGCGUACCAUUUCUGGAGUGUCUUACUUAUUUCCAGUGCCUGUGGCCUACAUAAUAAUAGCAGGUAUUGCGUAUCUGGUUCGAGGUUGGAGCAAUCUCCAGUUAGCGAUUACAUUGCCUUCUGUUAUUCUGCUUGGUCUGUGGUGGGUUUUGCCAGAAUCUCCAUUGUGGCUUCUUGCUCUUGGCCGCAAAGACGAAGUUCUUGUUAUUUUGGAGGAAGCAGCUAGAUUUAACAAAAUAGAAUUACCACCACGUGCAGAUAAAAUUUUACAACAAGGGAUACCACAAAAGGAGGGUUCUGAGAAUGCAAGCGCUGGCUGUCUUGAUUUGUUUCGCACCCCUAAUCUAAGAAAGAAUUCCCUUGUGCUGUAUGUUAUAUGGUUUAGUGUGUACAUAGUCUAUUAUGGUCUGGUGCUGAACUUGGGAAACAUUGGUGGAAAUGUGUAUAUAAAUACUGUGCUUUCAGGUGUAGUUGAGUUGCCUUCCAUUGCUAUAAGUAUUUUGUUCCUACUGAAAAUGGGACGCCGAUGGCCAUUUUGCUUGACAUUGCUACUGUCAGGCAUUGCCUGUCUACUUACAAUUCCAGUACCACUUGAUAAAGAUCUGCAAUGGGUAACAAUUGCCUUAGCAAUGGCAGGAAAAUUUGCUAUAUCUUCAUCAAAUGUGAUAAUGCCUGUUUUCACUGCAGAACUGUUUCCUACAGUGAUAAGAAACCUGGGAGUAGGUGCAUCAAAUGUAUCUGCAGGAAUAGCACUCAUGCUUGUACCCUAUCUAUGGAAUCUGUCUGAGAUGGAUGAUCGUGUCCCAAUGGGAUUAUUGGGUGUGUGUGCUGUAGUUGGGGGUCUCUGUGUCUUGCUGCUGCCAGAAACUGCUGAUCGACCCUUGCCAGGAACUCUUGCAGAGGGUGAAGAUAAUUCAAGAAGGAUGAGCACAGUUGAAAAACAGAGGACAAAUAAUUCUUCAACAGGCAGCUGCAACAGCUAAUACAUGAAGUGAAAUGGCUGUAAUUAUUUAUGGCCAAAACAUGCUGUGAGGCAUUUUUGCACCUAAUACUCACAAGAAUAAAGUAGGAUUCUGACGAGGUAUGAUGUGUACCAUAACAGUCACAACAGAAAAUUAUUAUUGAGCUGUUACACAAGCAGCAGAUUCUGGGCCAACCUUGAUGGCAUUUAAUUAGCCCGUUGUCAAUGUUUGUGGGAUUGGACGUAGAAGUAUCAGAUAUGUGUCUGUAGAAUAUGAUCAGACAUUUUUCUUUCUAAGUGUUCAUUUACUUGCACUGAAGUCUAUGUUGAAAUAGAAUACUGUAAAUAUUACAUAAAAGAGAGACUUUAAUAUGAUUGAGACACAAUGUAAAUACCGAUGAUGAAUAAUUAGUGUCCCACGUGUUGUUUGCUGAAUACAAAACUGGAAACUACAGGUGCUACAUAACCAUGUAUUUUUGACGUUAUGCAAGAUAGACUGGACAUGUGUGUUAUUGAUUAAUGUGCUCUGUGAAUGAGUUUUUAUUUGAACGUCAGAUGUAAAAGUGUUAUGUGAAGACUUCCAUGCAUUGUUAAGAGUACAAAACAUUUUAUCCUGUGCUAUGUACAUUUUUGUCAUGCUCAUUUGAAUAAUAAAUUUCAUGUUUCAUUUUAA